AAAGUGAAAGUGUCCAGCUCCCCAUUUCUUGUAAACGCCACCGUUACAAAUAAUUCAUCUGGGCAGAUGAACAGCCAGACCCUUUGGUAUAGUCUGCUUUCCAUACACUGGGUGAUUACACUUCACUGUUCUCCGCUGUCGACAGCAAAACAUUCAAGAAUUAAGAUAUGGCGUCUCUCAGCAUGACAGAAGACCAGUUGCGCUGUUCCAUCUGCCUGGAUAUCUUCGUCCACCCUGUCUCCACUCCGUGUGGACACAACUUCUGCAAAUCUUGUAUCUCUGACUACUGGGAUAUCAGGGAAGCCAUCUGCCCUCUGUGUAAGGAGACGUUCAAGAAACGUCCUGACCUCCACGUCAACACGUUCAUUAACGAGAUAAUCAACCAGUUCAAAUCGGCACAGGAGGACAUUUCUCCACACACCAUUUUGCCAUUGAGAGAGCCAGAACAGGGGGAUGCUACAGAUGGAGGAGUGAACAGGAAGAUCCAGGCCAGACUGAAGAAGGUGGAGGAGAUCAAAAACUCAGUGGAGAUCAGCAGAGCUAGUUCACAGAAAGACACAGAGGAAAGUGAGCAGGUCUUCACUGAGCUGUUGCGCUCCAUUGAGAGAAGCCAGGCUGACGUCGUCGGUGAGAUCCAGGAGAAACAGAGAGCUGUGGAGAAACAAGCUGAAUGUCUCAUCAAGGAGCUGGAACAGGAAGUAGCAGAUUUAGAGAGUGGAAAUAAUAAACAAGGGGAACUCCGUUCCACCCCACAACAGAUCUGUUCUGAGACCAGUGCUAGCGGUGGUGGAAAAACCAUCUGGGGAAUUGUGUCCCAACUGGAGGAUACGUUCAGAGAGGAGAUGAAGAAAGUCAUGGAUAAAGGGUUGAAAUUGCUGAAGACUAAUGCAGUGAACGUGAUUCUGGACCCCGACACAGCUCAUCCUUUCCUUGUUCUGUCUGAGGAUGGGAAACAGGCCAGACACGUCAACGAUUGGAGGAUCCUGCCUUUCAACCUCAAGAGGUUCAAUACCAGUAUCAGCGUUCUUGGGAGGACAGGGUUCUCCUCCAGGAGAUUCUACUUCGAGGUGCAGGUCUCUGGGAAGACUGACUGGGGCCUAGGAGUGGCCAGGGAGUCCAUCGACAGGAAGGGGAAGGCACUCCCGACCCCUGCGAUUGGCUACUGGACCUUGUGGCUGACCAAUAGGUAUGAGUACAGGGCUGCAGAUGAUUCUGGCUCCAUCCUCCUCUCCCUGAGAGAGAAGCCCCAGAAGGUGGGGGUGUUUGUGGAUCACAAGGAAGGGUUGGUGUCUUUUUACGACUCGGAAGCCAAGGUUCAUAUCUAUUCCUUCACUGGGUGCUCCUUCAAUGAGAAACUUUUCCCCUUCCUGAACUCUAGUGUCAAUGACAAUGAAAAAAACUCUGCUCCAUUUGUAAUUUUGCCUGUCAGUCAUAGAGGCUGACAGGCUGAUUGGUUAGAAAUCAAGAUGGGAUGGGCCACAUGUAUUUUGAUUGGUUCUGGUGUGUUGAGAACUCUGAUUCUUGACAUAGCCAAGGGAAGUAGGGCUGCCGCAACCCCUGAUAAAUUGAAAUAAUUUUGCCAAAAUGAUAUAAUGUCUUCUGUCUGAACACCGACUGAAUUUGUGCAGCACGCGCGCCAAAUAUUGAACAGCAUGUUGAGUUGUGGCCAUAGAGAUAUUAUCCAUAGAAGGAUUCUCACCUUGCCAAUUUUACUGGUAAACUCAUGGGUAAGCUUAAAAUGGCUGCCAGUCCUGACUUAAUGGACACUUUCCUUCUAUGGAUUGUAUUUCUAUGGGUUUUCUUUUUCUCCGUUGCCAUCAGUGAAUAGCGAAAGGCCUUUUGCAAAUGUCUAAAUACAAUUGCGGGAAAUAUGUUAGGAAAGCAAAUGCCUACUGCUGAAAAGAGAAGACUAAUCUGUCUGUCGGAGUUACCAACUCAGACGAACAGCACUGUUUUUUAAAGUAGGUAAGGCCUAUCUUGAAACCAUCAUCGGUACAGUGACAAGGCUAAACAUAUUCAUGCUACCUUCAUCACUGGGUGAGUCAAUGCCAGUGGAAAGUUGAUUUAGAAUCCUGCUAUAAUACGUUUCCUCCUAAUGUUGUACAAUCUGUCUCGUUUCUUUUUAUUAGCCAUGGGCCAGGUCAAGACCAGGUCAUUUUUAAUUAAUCUGUUUGACAGUGUCAGAGUAGCCACUCAUUUUGUUCAUUUGUGUGGUAAUAUAAAAAAAAUAUUCUGAUAAUGUCUCCUGUAAUAGCUGGAGGACACAGAUGGGUAUGUUUUUUUGCAGGGUCUUAAAACAAUAUGGCCUUUAAUAAACGCAUUUAAUGCAAUUAAAUGACAUAAAUGAGGCUUAAAUGACAUAGAAUUGCAUUAAAUGCGUUUAUUAAAGGCCAUAUUGUUUUAAGACCCUGCAAAAAAACAUACCCAUCUGUGUCCUUCCUAAAAACGCUUCUGCUGAACUGUUUGCCAGUAUGCAAAUGUAAUGAUAUAUGCGAUAUCAUAAAUGGUAUUUUAUGAUUCUUGAACUCUGCCCCAUUUGUCAUUCUGCCUGUCAGUCAUAGAGGCUGACAGGCUGAUUGGUUAAAAAUCAAGAUGGAAUGGGCCACAUGUAAUUUGAUUGAUUCUGGUCUGUUGAGAACUGUAGUUCUUGAUGAUAGUACUGAUUCAAUAAUACAUCUGCCUAUGUGUUGAACUUGGUGUAAACUGUCUGUGAUUUAGAUAAUAUGACUAACAUGACGAAUAACAUUUCAAUAACAUGACUAUUAACAUUUCAAUAACAUGACGCAUAACAUUACGAAUAACAUUUCAAUAACAUGACGAAUAACAUUUCAAAAACAUUACGAAUAACAUUUCAAUAACAUGACUAUUAACAUUUCAAUAACAUGACGAAUAACAUUUCAAUAACAUGACGAAUAACAUUUCAAAAACAUGACGAAUAAUAUUUCAAUAACAUGACGAAUAACAUUUCAAUAACAUGACAAAUAAUAUUUCAAUAACAUGACGAUUAACAUUUCAAUAACAUGACGAAUAACAUUUCAAUAACAUGAAGAAUAACAUUUCAAUAACAUGACGAAUAACAUUUCAAUAACAUGAUAAUAAGAUGGCAAUAACAUGAAGAAUGUUGAUUUAGUUGAUAUAGUAUAUUCAAAAAUGUAUUAGAUGAGUGAAUACAGCUAUUACAGUGUAUUUUCAAUCACAAAUAGCAUGAAUUAAUUGGUAUUAGUUUGUUAUAAGCCUAGUGAAGGACUCAGUAUGCAUUGUUAUCCUUGUUAAGAGUCGGAAAAAUCGAACAAUAAAGCUUUCUUUCCGUGCUGGAUUUCCUCUACAUUUUCCAUGCAAAAAAUACAUGAAUUUCUCUUCAUUCUCUCAUCUCCUCCAUCCUUCUCCUCUCUCCUUCUCCCUCCACUUCAGUCAGAAUCAGUCAUUUUUCUGCCAUCGAAGGGUGACAGAGUCGGAUAUCCCUCGCUGUCUCAGUUCAUCUUGUAGCUAAGAGACACAAGGAUCACCACAUGAUCUGACUAUCUAAAUGUAUGCACGCAUGACUGUAAGUCGUUUGGAUAAAAUCGUAUGCUAAACUGCGUAUAUCAGGAAUCAUCAACUAGAUUCAGCUGCAGGCUUAUUGUUUCUGGAGCGGAUGGUCAUUUUUUUAUUAUUUAUUUUACCUUUAUUAGGGCGGAACAUACACUACCAUUCCAAAGUUUGGGGUCACUUAGAAAUGUCCUGGUUUUUGAAAGAAAAGCACAUUUUAUGUUCAUUAAAAUUGAUCAGAAAUACAGUGUAGACAUUGUUAAUGUUGUAAAUGACUUUUGUAGCUGGAUAAAGCUGAUUUUUUAUGGAAUAUCUACAUAGGUAUACAGAAGGCCAGCAUCCCGGAGUCGCCUCUUCACUGUUGAGGUUUAGACUGGUGUUUUGUGGGUACUAUUUAAUGAAGCUGCCACUUGAGGACUUGAGGCGUCUGUUUCUCAAACUAGACACUCUAAUGUACUUGUCCUCUUGCUCAGUUGUGAACCGGGGCCUUCCACUUCUCUGUCAAUUCUGGUUAGAGCCUGUUUGCGCUGUUCUGUGAAGGGAGUAGGACACAGCGUUGUACCAGUUUCUUGGCAAUUUCUCGCAUGGAAUAGCCUUCAUCUCUCAGAACAAGAAUAGACUGAUGAUUUUCAGAAGAAAGUUAUUUGUUUCUGGCCAUUUUGAGCCUGUAAUCAAACCCACAAUGGCUGAUGCUCCAGAUACUCAACUAGUUUAAAGAAGGCCAGUUAUAUUGCUUCUUUAAUCAGGACAAAAGUUUUCAGCUGUGCUAACAUAAUUGCAAAAGGGUUUUCUAAUGAUCCAUUAGCCUUUUAAAAUAAUAAACUUGGAUUAGUUAACACAACGUGCCAUUGGAACACAAGAGUGAUGGUUGCUGAUAAUGGGCCUCUGUACACCUAUGUAGAUUUUCCAUUAAAAAAAUCUGCCAUUUCCAGCUCAAAUAGUCAUUUACAACAUUAACAAUGUCUACACUGUAUUUCUGAUUAAUUUGAUGUUAUUUUAAUGGACAACAAAUGUGCUUUUCUUUAAAAAACAAGGAUAUUUCUAAGUGACCCCAAACUUUUGAAAGGUAGUAUAUGUAAAAAUGUAUGUUGUGUAUGAAACAUGUUUAUUUCCUUUAUUACAUUAAAGAAAAUUCUAUAGCGACAGGACAAAUGCUAAUAUUAACAUUUAGAUAAGUGCUGAUUUAGUGGAUAUAGUUUGUUGUAAAAGUAUAUAUUUUUUUUACAUUUAACUAGGCAAGUCAGUUAAGAACAAAUUCUUAUUUCCAAUGACGGCCUACCGGGGAACAGUGGGUUAACUGCCUUGUUCAGGGGAAGAACGACAGAUUUUUACCUCGUCAGCUCCGGGAUUCAAUCCAGCAACCUUUCAGUUGCCACCCCAAUUAAAUCUGCAAAUACAGAAUUUACAACGAACGUUGAAUCACAAAGAGUAUUAACUAAUUGGUAUAUAAUGAAGUACAUUGUUAUCCUGUAUAAGAGUUAGACAAGAAUCAAAGAAUAAAGCCAUCUUUCUGUACCACGUUUCCUCUAUUUGCCAUGAAAAUAAAUAUGAUUCUCUCUUAA